AUGUCGUCAACGGAUUCCAUCAAAGAAACUUGGCAAUUAAACACAUACCAAGAUGACUGUGGUACAGAUUCUACUUCAAGUCCGGUAAUUUUUGCUUUCAAUGAUUUUGUUCCAAGCUCAUCAAAUAGUUUAUCUAAUUUGAGCUGUCGAUUUAAUACAGCCCUUAAUAGAUACUCAAGAAUUCGCACAAUUAAAAAUGUUUCAGUUAAAAUCAUCCGUUCUAAAAUAUUCAUAUUGUUUAUUAUAAUAAAUAUUAUUCUAGGCUUGGUCUGUCCAUUUCAAAUCAAUGGUAAACAAAUAGCAACUAAUCCAAAGCAAUUUUAUAAAGCAUGGACUUCGACUAAGGAAGUUACAGCCAAGAAAGACUUAAUGAGUAUAGAUAUGGCGCCUGUUUUGAAGUUCCAAAAUAAUGAAAAGAGUGCAAUAAAUUCAAGGGUAAUUAAUGACGACUAUAAAGAAUUUAAAAUUAAGGGUUAUGUUUCAAAUUUAAAUAUUAAAAGCUUAAUUGAUAGAAAAAGGUCUAAACUUAAAAAAGAAGAUUAUUCUAAAGAUUCUAAAAAUAGUGAGAAGCUGUUAUCCAUUGCUGGAUUUGAAGUAAUGCUGAAUAAUGAUUAUAGUGCUUUGGCUACAUGUGAAGAUUUGGAAUAUUCUUCUAAAAUUUUAUAUUCUAAAAAGAGUAAAUUAUUGGAAGAUGAUUUAAUUAAAAUAAGAAAAGAACUAAUUGCAAAUGAUCCAUUUAUUGGUCCAUUGGUUCAUGAUGAGACAGAAAAUGAUUGGACUGAUAAGGAAAUUAUGGAGAAAAGAUGGUUUAGAUUUGGUGCAUCUAGUAUUUGGUUAGAAAGUGAACAAUGCUAUAUUACUGUGAGUCGAAUUGUCUUUUCUAGAGCUGAAGAAAAAUCAAAUCCUGAUGUUUCAUUAAUUAGAGCUCAAGCAUUUGACAAGGAUUGGAACGAAAUUCAAGGUAAACGUAUUCCAAAGGUAGAUCUACCUACUCUAAAAGAUGUUGAAAAUGAAUUGAAUCUAAUAGAUAAAGAAUUUGGUUUAAAUAAUGAGUGUGACAAAUUAUCCAAAGAUUCGGUCGCUUAUGAUAAUUGUAUGGUGAGUCAUGCACAAACCUUUUUAGAAGAUCAAAAAAGAAGGGAUGCAUUUAUUAAUCGAUAUUUUGUCACAUACCCAACAGUGUAUAGUUUCCCCUUUAAAACAAAUGGUAAACUGCAAGGUCCAGAAGAUGCUAGAAUUAUUUUAAGAAAAACUGACACUUUAGAAGAACCUAUGGUUUUCUUUAAUAUGGAUACUGAUCAUGGUAGGAAAUUUUUUACUUAUAUGCCUCAUAGAUUCAUUAAUCCUUUAAUUGAAUUUGAUAUUAAAGUUCAUGGCACACACGAUGUUGAAAAAAAUUGGGCUCCAUUUUUCCAUGAAGAUGAUACGAAGACUAUUUCAUUAUUAUCUCGUGGCUUCAUUCAUUUCGUGUAUAGUUUUUCUCCAUUUGAAGUCAUUAAAUGUUCAUUAAAUGAUGGUAUGUGUGAAAAAGUCUUUGAAAAAAAAACUUUGGCGUUAUCAAAUAAAAAUAAUUUUGGUGGUAUGCGUGGGGGUACACAAAUUGUUCAAUUGCCAAGCAUUAUUCCAAAAGUUACUGGUAAACAAAUGUGGUUAGGGAUAGCCAAAUCACAUAUUGAAAACUGUGGUUGUGGUAGGCAUUUCUACAGGCCUAUGCUAAGUCUUUUUGUGGAAAGCAAUGGUAUUUACCACCAAGAGCUUAUAGUACCAAGUAUGGAUCUUAAUAGUGAGAUUUUAAAUUGGAAAGAGGAUGGUAAAGCAUGUGAUUACAAGAAUGUAAUGUCGCCAAACUCCAUCGCUGCUUGGGAAGUCCUAGGUCAAGAUCCGAAAACUAAAAAAUUUGAUGAUUACUUGGUCUUCACUUACAGUGAAUCCGAUAUUUUGUCUAAGGUCAUUACUAUCCGAGGUAUACUAGAUUACAUUCUAAGAGUUUAUGGUGAAAAAGACCUAUUAGAAGAUUUCAUUCCAUCCACAGAUGCAGAUUCUAUCCUAGGUACAACCUUGGACUGUAUGAUCAAUUACGCCAAUGAUCAAUGUAAGAAUUAUGGCGCGUCUCGUAAGACCUCCUACUGGGACGAAGAAAAGGCAAAAUGGAUUCACGAUGGUGAAUCGCCGAACACUUGA